GUUUCAGUGAUGGCAAAAUUUGUCGAUGACAAUUACUGGGUGAAUCGUGCUCACGAAGAGGCGGUGGAAAACAGGAAAUUGAAAUACCAGCAAGGGUCCGGACCAUGUGUGAUGUUUGCUUUGGAUACGUCAGGAAGCAUGGCAGGAGAAGGGUUUCAACAGAUGAAGAGGGCUUUUACUGAUAUCAUAGACGAAUACGCUAAAGGACACAUGGAUGAAACUGUGGCUGUGGUAACUUUUGGGGAGGAAGUCAGGUUUCGUCAUUAUUACUCCAACAACUACCAAUCACUGAAAAGAUGUCUGGAUGGCAUGGACUGUAAGGGAGCUUCCCCUAUUAAGGCUGCCAUUACUCUCUGUCUUUCUGGAUUGCUUUUUGGUGGAGGAUACACAACAGAGAUCGGUACGUUCCAAGUCGAAGCAAAACUGAUAUUGAUCACCGAUGGCAAACCGACAACUUCAAACAUGAUAGGAGGAGAGGAGGACGAAGAUUUUAUGGACCCAGUAGAGACAAGGAAAUCUUUAAUGAACCUCAUUGGAGAUAUCGGACGAGGCAUAUCUUUAAAUUGUAUCCCUGUAGGAGAAGAUCCCGAUUUUUGUCUUUUGGGAUCGAUUGCGUAUUCCUCACGGGGAGGUAAACUAAUACAGCCCCAACAAGCCACACAGUACGGGAGGUACCACGCUAACAUGAGACAUAUAUCAAAGAAAUUGGCCAAGGGAUGUGUUUAUGGCAGAAAAGAGCAGAAUCAGAUUCUGCAGAAUAUUCCAGAUAAGAAAUUUUCUCAAGGAGAUUUAGAAUUAGCGAUGUUUUCUACUGGAAUAAUGAAUCAGUCAACAGACGAAGACAGGGAUGACAUUUUAGAAUUGAUAAGUGAAAAAACGACUUACAAACGCAAGCCUGGUAUUGUGAACGAAGACAAUGACGAUGAUGAAAAUUGUGAAUUUAACCCAGAAAUGCUUCCAGUGGGAACAAGGGUCCGGCGGGGGCCAGACUGGCGGUGGGGAGACCAGGAUUGUCACGGUCCAGGAACCGUUGUUAAUCACAACGACAACGGAAGGGAUGGUUGGUUACGCGUGGUAUGGGAUACGGGGUCGAGUUUUCCCUAUCGGUAUGGUAGUAUUGGUAUGUUUGAAAACUUUGAUUUGGUGGAAUGUGAUGAGCCUAGAAUUCUGAAUGACGAGUUAAUAGCUGUAGGCUGCCUUGUCGAAAGAGGGCCUGACUGGCAGUGGGAAGACCAAGAUGGCGGAAAAGGAAAUAUUGGAGUCGUGUACAAAACAAAACGGAAUGCUGUUGUUUACGUAAGAUGGCCUAAUUCAAAUAAAAGCAACUACAGAUUUGGUUAUGAUGGAAAAUUUGAUGUCCAACUUUGUGACCCAUUUGACUCGGAUGUGGUUAAGAGAUUGCAACAGCAAAAGCAAGACGCUGGUGAAAUGUCAUCUUCAAAAUUAGCAAAUGAAACCAACGCUGUAAAAUUAAAACUUUUAUAUUUACAAGCACCUGAAUCAAGGGAGGACGAAAAAGAGAGCAAAAAUAUUUCUUCGAGAGAUUCCAUUGUAACUCCUUUCGUGAACAGGCCUGUUUUAUCGUCUAUUAGAAAUCAAAAUGUCACUACAAAUGACGAUCCAGGAGACGUUUAUCACUUUUGUGGACGUUCUGGAUCCAUUGAUGACGAGCUUAAUGACGAAAUCAAGAUUGAUUUUCCACAUACAGAUAUCUGGCAAUUCAAAGGCGAAGAUGGUCAAUGGAAAAACUUCCCAAAAGAUAUAAAUCAAAAGAUUGAUUCCAAUUACAGGAAGAAUAAUAAAGGCACGGUACUGGUUAACAUCAGGGAUUCCUGGUACAGGAUCGUAUCAUCAAAGAUGAAGAUGAUUGAUAUCAAAUCAAGACACAGCACUGAUAUCAGAUAUCUCGAAGGCAGAACUGACAAGGAUCACUGA